GCAGACACUGCAGUGCACUGAGCACCUACUGGAUUGUAGAAGACAGCACCAUGGAUUCUGUGAGAGAAGAAGUGAAUUUGACUACCACCGCUCCCAACCAGAGCUGUGAUGUGUAUAUCCACAUGGAGACGGCCCAGGUCCUCUUCCCCAUCUUCUACACCUUAGUGUUCCUUGUCAGCAUCUGUGGCAACAGUCUGGUUCUCUAUGUCACCUGGCAAAAACAGCAAAAGUUCAACUCCACCUCCUUGUAUCUGGUCAACCUGGCACUGUCUGACACCCUGUUUACCCUGGCACUUCCGGGCAGAAUCACAUACUACACCCGGGGGUUUGACUGGCCUUUUGGGGACCUCAUGUGCAGGCUGACAGCUGUCAUGUUCUACACCAACACCUACGCUGGCAUUGGCUUCAUGACCUGCAUUAGCCUGGACCGCUAUCUGGCUAUGGUGCACCCACACCAGCUGGUCCGUCUUAGGAAGGCGAAGGUGGUGCGGACUGUCUGUACCCUGGUGUGGCUGCUAGUGUUCCUUCAGACUACGCCCUUGCUCUUCAAGAGCAUGCUGAUGGACAACGGGAGCAAGCGCACCUGCAUGGAAUACUUCAAUUUGGGGAGCUCCCACUUUCUACCAUACCUGCUCCUCCUGGCCUGUACCAUCAGCUUCUGCAUCCCCCUGGGGGUCAUUAUGGGCUGCUACACCAAGAUCAAUCGUAAACUAUCCACGACCGCCAAGCAGAACCCUGUGACUAGCCGCUCGCAGCGCAACCACAGAGCCAACAACAUCAUCCUGCUGAUCCUCUUCACCUUUGUGGUGUGCUUCAGCCCCUACCACGUCAACAUCAUGCAGUUCAUGGUCCGCAAGCUGCUCCACGAGCCAUCCUGCGAGGAGCUGAAGGCCUUCAAGAUGUCCCUGCAGGUCACUGUCUCUAUGAUGAACCUCAAUUGCUGCCUGGAUCCCGUCAUCUACUUCUUCGCCAUCAAGACCUACAAGCAGAGAGUGAUCAGCUUGCUGAAGGGCCAUCUGUCCACAACCAUCCUGUCCUCCAAGUCCAUGGCUGAGAACAGCAGCAGCAACACAUGA